AAUAACGUGCGCCGCAGUCGUGACGUCACAAACAGACGCCGUGUCAACAUCAACGAAAGCUAACAGCGCAGCUACCGAUGAAGUUUGAACGCCAACUCUAAGCCCCGGACUGUAAAGGGUGGCUCUGCAGAGCUGAAUGAGGUGCCCCCCUCCCCCCCUGCUGCUGUCGAAGUGCCGCCGCCGCCACCAGGAUGGGCCAGCAGAUCUCAGGCCAGGCGGUGAUGAGCCAUCUGCCUGAGAAGCUGGUCAAGCACGCCGGGCUGGUGCGGGACAGCGGCUACCUGACGUACGAGGAGUUCCUGGCAAGAGUGGCCGAGCUGAACGACGUGACGGCCAAGCUAGCCGCCGGGCAGCAGAAGCACCUGCUGUUCGAAGUCCAGCCAGGAUCGGACGCUAGCGCUCUGUGGAAGGUGGCCGUCCGGGUCGUCUGCACCAAGAUCAACAAGGAGACGGGCAUGGUGGAAGCUACCAGGAUCAUGAACCUGUACCAGUUCAUCCAGUUAUACCGCGACGUCACCAGCCAGGCGGCAGAGGUGCUGUGUGCCGGGGGGGCCACCGAGGGCCCGUCUGCUCAGCUGCCCUCCACAGAGUCCUGCCAGGCCAGCAUGUGGAUGGGGAGAGUCAAGCAACUGACCGAUGAGGAGGAGUGCUGCAUCUGUAUGGACGGAAAGGCCGACCUCAUCCUACCCUGCGCCCACAGCUUCUGUCAGAAAUGCAUCGACAAAUGGAGCGGCCAGAGCCAGAACUGCCCCAUGUGUCGGCUGCAGGUGACGGCCGCCAACGAGUCGUGGGUGAUGUCCGACAUCCCCACGGAGCAGGACAUCGCCGGCUACAUCCUCAACCUGGCCGACGAGGCCGGACACCCCCACAGGCCUUAACGCACACAAACCCAGACGCACACCAACCUGCACAUGCUCGCACACAACACGCCACUUUCCCAGAGAAGAAUCUCUAUAUAGAAAUAUAUAUUUGUCUAUUGAAGGCAAAGUGCAGGACAAAGCAGGAGGGCUUCUGCUGACGUUCUGAAAAACUGACAGUGAGUCCAAGUCACUGAAUCUUUCCAGUCCCAAAAAGAUGCACUUUCCAAUCUGUAUUGUAGAUUUGGUGUUCUGUUUUUUUUUUUUUGUUUGUUUUUAAAAAAAGUUUUUCUUGGUGAGGGUGGAUAUCACCGGUUGUGAUGUGUGGUCUUCUUUAAGAAUCGUGUACUUGUGCGCUGUAAUCAAAUGUAAGUAUUUACUAUAAGAGCACACAGAAAAAAAAAAAAAGAAACACAGCUCCUGUAGACAUUAGCCAGCAUGGAAGAAGGAAACCUGGACAGGGUUUAUUGUAGCUCUUUAGGAGGUAAAUCCCAGCUAGCAAACUGACCUCGCUUUUUCAUUCGUUUACCAGAGAAAGAUUAAGUUCAGAGGGUUUGACCUGUUCAAUUAACGUGUCCUAGGCAAUGAGCAGUAGCUUUAUUGAGAGUUGGGCUGCUUUCGGAGCAGCAAAAGUGACAAGAAUCAACCAGCACUGAGAGCCAUUCCUCCAGUGAAAGGCACAGAAAUACGAUUAACCAAUUUCCCCCCAAAUCUUUCUGAAUCUUUCGCUCCCAAAAUGUCUUACGUAAGUGUAAGGCAACCCAACGCGAUCCUGUUUUCUGACGCUUUGCGUGAAAAGCUGUAAUACCAAGUUGACUCGUUUUUCCCCCCCACUGGUAAAACGUGUGUGUCUGUGUGCCGUAACCCUGCUCGUUAUCACACACAACACACACA